CGUCUAGGACGUCCUGGGUUAGGGCGGGGAGGGGGCAACUCCAGCCGCUGCGAUUUGGGCUGGACCUGCCUGGCCAGUCGGGUGUCCCAGCGGAUCUGAGAGUUAAGGCAUGUUUACACACGCGGUAACGCGUGCCUUGCGCAAGAACAAGACCCUCCGCUACGGGGUCCCCAUGUUGUUAUUGAUUGUUGGAGGUUCUUUUGGUCUUCGUGAGUUUUCACAAAUCCGUUAUGAUGCUGUGAAGAUUAAAAUCGAUCCUGAAUUAGAAAAAAAACUGAAAAUGAAUAAAGUGUCACUGGAAUCAGAGUAUGAGAAAAUAAAGGAUUCCACGUUCGAUGACUGGAAGAAUAUUCGAGGACCCAGGCCGUGGGAAGAUCCUGACCUCCUCCAGGGACGAAAUCCAGAAAUCCUGAAGACGAAGACCACUUGACCAUGCUGGUUCUUUUUUUAUUCUUUAUUUUUUAAUUUAAAUAAAAUGUUACCAACUGAAUUCUCACUACAUCCUCCUGUCCGGUGGAGAGAAAAUGUCAGACCUGCAGAAAGCCUGGAUGUGAGUAAUUUGAUAACAGAUAGUCUUGAUUAAAAAAUCAAGUACAGGUUUUUUGCUUCCCAACCCCGCCAUUUGCAAAUGAAUGUAACAGUGUCGACCACAUAUAUUUUAUACACUCAAUAAAAGUGUGAGCACUGCUGCUUA